UCUACCCAACGUAUCCAGAUUGGAGCCAUGGCUCGGGCUCGUUGCUCCUCCAUUAUUUUGUUGUUAGGCCUUCUCUGUUCCUCUCUCCCUCCUUCUCCUUCUGCUUCAGAAACAACAGCAACAACAACAAGGAGAAGUAAAAGUGAGAGCGAAAUUCUGAGGUUUGAUGGGAAAGGGAGAUUCAAGAUUGUUCAGGUGGCUGAUAUGCAUUACGCUGAUGGAGAGACCACGCCCUGCCUCGAUGUUUUGCCUGAAGAAGUGCCGGGUUGCUCAGACCUCAACACAACCGCUUUCCUCAACAGGAUCAUCAUGGCAGAAAACCCCAACCUCAUUGUCUUCACAGGUGAUAAUAUCUUUGGCCUGAAUGCAGCUGACUCUGCAAAGUCUAUGAAUGCUGCUUUUGCACCUGCUGUUCAUUCAAAAAUUCCUUGGGCUGCGGUUCUAGGAAACCAUGAUCAAGAAUCCACAUUAAACAGAGAAGAGGUGAUGAAACACAUUGUCUCAAUGCCUCACACUCUCUCUAGACUAAAUCCACCAUUGAGCUCUUGUGAUGGUGACCAUAUUGAUGGCUUUGGGAAUUAUAAUCUGGAAGUUCAUGGUCCAAUUGGGUCAAAGCUCCAUAACAAAUCUAUCCUGAACUUAUAUUUCUUGGAUAGUGGUGAUUACUCUACUGUUCCAUCAAUCCCUGGUUACGGGUGGAUCAAGCCUUCUCAGCAAGUUUGGUUUCAGAAAACAUCUUCUGAGUUGCAGCGGAGAUACAAGACUGGGCCUGAAGCUCAAAAGAGGGGAGCACCAGGGCUCGCAUUCUUCCAUAUACCUCUUCCUGAAUUUAGCAGCUUUGAUGCCUCGAACUUCACUGGUGUGAAGCAAGAAGGCAUAAGCUCCCCUUCUAUAAACUCUGGCUUCUUCACUACCAUGGUUGAAGCUGGAGAUGUGAAGGCUGCUUUCAUUGGUCACGACCAUGUGAAUGAUUUUUGUGGGAAGCUCACAGGCGUUCACUUGUGCUAUGCGGGUGGGUUUGGAUACCAUGCCUAUGGUAAGGCCGGUUGGCCUCGUAGGGUUCGCAUUGUGGUAGCUAAUACUAACCCAAUGAAUGGUGCGGUGAAGUCCAUUAAGACUUGGAAGCGGCUCGAUGACCCUAGCCUCUCGACCAUUGAUGUGCAGACACUAUGGAGGAAUAACUCAUCUGGAAGACGCAAGAAGGGUAUACAAGGUGUUAUCUGAGCCCUUUACCUGGAGCACAUAAAAAGAGUGCAUUUACAAGGCGUUAGAAGAGGAUACAAGGUAUUGUGUACGCUAUUGCCCGGAGUACAUGAAAACGGGUGUGGUAGAGAGAGCUAGAGAGGGGGUAGAGAGAAAGGGCGUCGUCUUGUAAGCAAAUAAGCUACUUGACUAUAAAAUUAUGGAAAAAAUUUAUAUAGGGUUUACAAUGUAGAAAUCAAGUGCACAUCAAAAAAGAAUUGUAUACUACCAGACCAUUUAUCUUUAUUGUAAGGAGGUUACAAUCACUCUCAUUUAUUAGAUGCAAAUUGGAUUA